UUGAGAGUUCAGUGGGCAGCCUGGGGCAGCCGCAGUCGGCCGUAGAAAACAGCUUGCCGCGCGAUCUUCGUUCAACGAACGACGAACCGACGAACCGACUCUACGUCGUGCGUAGUAAAUGUGUAUGUACGUAUCUCCGUAUCAUAUCGUACAUUUACAUACGUAUACGCAAAGGAUUGAGCGAUAGACACGGAACGAAGAAGGAGCAAAAAAAUAGGCGCACCUCCACCACAACUCUCCAAGUUUGAUUCUAUACGCUCUUUGCUCUACCGCAGCAGCUUCUGUCAGACGCACGUGCUCCGUUGAAGGGGUCAGGGCUCUCCUCUUCUAUUUUUUAUUUAUAAUACUUUAUCGUGCACCGUGCGCAUCGAAUUUUACCAGGCGUACGUGGAGCUUUUUUAAAUAUUUAUAUACAAAAGAAACAGACAAAAAUUUAACAGUGAUGAAAAAUUUAUCGAAUAUUUUCGAAAAAUAAACGAACACGUUAUUGGAUGAUAUAUUUUGUUUUUGAUCUGUGGUUUUUCUUGUUUAUCGUUUUUUCAAUCUUUUCAUAUAAUGUAAAAUGUUAUCGUGUUCCAAAGUGCAUCAUACCGUGUAUAUGUAAUAUACGUUGUUUGUUGAAAGUUAACCGAUUAUAUUAUUAUAUCGACAUUAUUGUAAAUGUGAUUAUAGACAAAGAGAAGUUGUAUUUCGAAAUCGUUGACGAUCGGACUACUGAGAAAUUUGAAGAGUGUCCGUUAUUACCAAGUUUAGCCUCCGUAGCGGAUCGAAAAAAGGAAUUUUUAAUAGGAUACACCGACGCUGAUCAUAUACGCACAGGUAUACCGCGGUCGACGAAGAGUCACCGGGAUCAACAGCGUCCCGAAGACUGGGAGCACCGUCACCGUGUGCGGAAUCAUUGGCAUCGGAGGAAGAGGAUAUGUUGGAGUUGCGAUUGUCGACACACGGUGAUGUCUUCGGUGCGAAGACGUCGCCGGUACAGAAAACGUCAAAAUGCGGAGACGACGAUGAAACGAUUGUGAAGGAGUGCGCGAGGUUACCGAGUAUCGUGAGAUCACCGACGUCCGAAUCGAGCGGGGACGUCACACCGGAAACUAGGAUUCCAGCUGUAACUGUGAUAACCGAAGUGAAACGCCUUCAAUUAGACGCCGAAAAACAGUCGUCGAAAGUGUCGAAAGAAACGCGCGACGACCGCGCGAAUCUUAUUAGAAUUUGUUCAUCGCCAUCUCAAGAAAUUCGAGAAGUUCGCAAGGACAGCGCUUUGUAUCUUGAGGAGGUUGAGGGACUCAGGGAUCUCAGAGAAUCCCUGAGAUCGCGAUCGCCGAAGAGUUUAAUGCCGCGACGCGAAAGUAGCGGGUACGCCAGCAACCUGGGGACCUUCGACGAGGAGAGAAGGACCUCCGAAGCGGACUUGACGGUGCUGAGGGAGAGGCGGAGAUCCUCGACCAAGAGACUGACCUCGGAAACCGCGCCGCUACUCCCUGCGACCAGGAGGAUAAGCAGAAACGAAGAAAGUUCGAACAACUGGGAUCAGGUCAUCUCAACGGAGAAGAUACCCGCAGCGAUAGAUGUACAAAGAAAAGUGUCGGAUAUCCAGGAGAUCAAAGACGCGGAAUUUGAGGAACAGGUUAUCCUCGAGGAACGGAAUAUGUCCACCCGCGAUAAAAACGACAAUGAAUCACCCACCAUUUCAACUUCUGUGUCUGAAACGUCGACCGUUGCCGAACGAGUUUCAGUUAGCACAGGACCACCUUGUGCCUCGACUCUAAUCGCCCCGCGAAAACUGCUGCAGCCUUCGGAAACGCCUAGCGAUGUUUUGUCCUACGCAGAGGUGCUCGCGAAACCUGGUUCACCGACUUCGAAGAUCGCCUCCAACUGCAAAACGAAGUUGUUGUGCAGAGUAGAUUCAUUCGACGCGGCUGACGUUGCGUCGAGCAAAAAUUCCCAACCCGCGAUAACCGCCGUGCCGGCGAAAAUUCUUCAACAGCGUAAAAGGAUCGUUCACCAGUACAGUACGCCAAAUUUUCCCAGCAUAGAAUUAGAAAGUAUACUUGAAAAACCGGCGGAAAAAUCGCCGGAAAAUCCCGAUCCGGACGUCAAAGCCCCUCCGGAAAUUCGCGCCUCGAGAGACCAGGAGGAAAAUUUCGGUGAAAAAUCCGCGAAAGAGAGGCGAGUGAGUCCGAGUCUGAAAUCGCAUUCGCCCAGCCGGUCUUCGGAAAAUUACGGCGUUACACCAUCGGGUAAAGUUCUUCCGAAGUCGGUGAAGGUUUAUCAACUUUUGUCCACUCAAUCCGAAGACCGCGGUGACGGAGUUCCGAACCUCUCGGACAGACGGAUAUCCCUUCAAAUUAGCCGACAAGAUGACGACCAGCUCACUUUGCCAGUUGAAAAAUCCGAGGAAGUUAAAUCCGCGGCAGUUAUCGAUGAUUCGAGGACAUUGAGCGUCCCGGCGCCGACGACGUCGGGAAGUUUAAACGAAUCAACUUGCUCCUCGGCGAUGCAUCUCACCCCCACUGGAAUGGCGAACUCGUGUCUUCCGGUACGAAAAUUGUCUACCCCGGCCGAGAUGGGGUCGUCGCAACGUCUCCUCGGAGACUCUGGGAUCGGAAUAAGACCCAUUUAUCCUUAUUGCCCUUACUCUCCUUACGGAAGCCCUCAAGGAUCCCCGAGGACGAGACGAAGACCUUUGCGAGAGAGCAGACGCGUUUCCAUUGACAAUAGGCAAGGCGCUCUGCAACUUAAUCAGUACAAACUAUUGGACAACAUUGGUCAGGGUUCGUUCGGAAUUGUGAAACUGGCUUACAACGAGGAAGACGAAACUCAUUACGCGAUGAAGAUUUUGAGUAAGAAGAAGCUGAUGAAGAAGGCGGGGAUAUUCGGUAGGAUGGCGCCGGGUCGCAAGGGCCUCGCAAAUCCGUUGGCAAAGGUUUACAGGGAGAUUGCACUGCUGAAGAAAUUGGAUCACCCGAACGUCGUGAAGCUUGUAGAAGUCUUGGACGACCCGGACGAAGACAAUCUUUAUCUCGUUUUCGAACUCGUACAAAAAGGAGAAGUACUGCAACUUCCGACCGGACAACCUCUGGACGAAGAAACUGCCAGGACUCACUUCAGGGACAUCGUCCUAGGGGUAGAAUAUUUACAUUACCAAAGGAUAGUACACAGGGAUAUAAAACCGAGUAACUUGCUUGUGGACAGCGAGGGUCACGUGAAGGUCGCCGAUUUGGGUGUCAGUGCGGAAUUAAGGGCCGCCGGUGAAUUACUUUCGGGACCUGCAGGGACGCCGGCAUUUGCGGCUCCUGAAACUACCACUCCUGGAGCGCAGUAUUCGGGAACGCUCUGCGAUGUGUGGUCGAUGGGAGUGACGCUCUACUCUUUUGUGACCGGAAGAGUGCCUUGGGAUGGUUCCGGAAGUAUAAUAGGAGUUCAAUCCGCGGUUCGUACGGAGCCAUUAAAGUUUCCAGAACAGCCAGAAAUAUCCGAACCUCUUCGUGACCUGAUAACCAAGAUGUUGGAAAAGGAACCUGCAUCGAGGUUAACUUUGGGUGAAAUAAAAACGCAUCCGUGGGUAACGAGAAAUGGGACUGAACUGCUCCCAAGCGAAGUGGAGAAUUGCAGACUUCCGGUCACCGUUACUGACGAAGAAGUCGCCAGAGUCGUGACGAGGGUUCCAAAACUCGACACGCUCAUUUUAAUUAAAACAAUGCUCAAGCAGCAUAGCUUUCAGAACCCUUUUCUACCGAAGAGAACCACGAAAUCGGUUUGCAGUGACUCGGUGCCGGGGGAGUCUUCUCCGAGUUCCAGAGUUAUCGGAAGUUCCGGCGGUUCUGAAAGUUCGAAUAUCCGAGCGGAAAAAUUUCAUGAAGCUGGAAGGAGCAAUUCGGCACCCGAUACCUUUGACUACCAUCUCAGCGACAGGCAAGUGUUGGUCGAAAGCCCCCUGCCGCCGGUAACGGAGGGUCUAGCUCAGGAUAACGAAUCGGCGUUGCACAAGCGAUGAUGAUACGCGGAUGGAUUCGAACUGAACGACUACAGGGUUCAAAGUUAGAAAUAAUUUUCACUCAAAUACAGGAAAAUUCUUAUUGCCUAGCUUAUGAUUAUAUCAGUGACGCUAUGGAGAAGAAUAGACCGCAUGCGUAGUACCGAAUGAAAAGUAUAACAGACAUCACACCGAAGCUUUUCGACAAUAUCGACAUCCUAGAUUGACUCUGAACUGAAUUUACGUUAAGGAUUCUGAAGACAAAAUUGAAUAAAUGAAGACACAAUUGGGAAGAAGAAAAAUACCGGUGCCAAAUUUGGUGAGCAACUAGGAUUUGUACAUUGCCAGCUGUUAUGUAUAUGAAGUUGAAUUAUAUGAUUAAUAUCGUUAACUACGCUCUGAGCCAUUAAUAAAUUGCGUGAAUCACUCACAUAUGUAUAAAGUGAGAUUGGCGGCAGUUGCGUCUGACCAAAACUUGUGCGUAAAAACAAUUAUGUAAUAAAUAUGUUGCAUAAAAAAAAAUCUAUGCUCUCUUAAUCCGAAUCAGCGGAAAUUUCGCUGUUUCAAUAGGUGAGUGAUAUUUUCACUGAAAAGCCCGCGAAGUUCACUUUCUUGCAUUUAGGCUACAAGAGCGCCAAAUCAUGUAGACAGCAAACUUAUUAUCAGACGGAAUCUCGCAUAGAAUCCUCGAAUUUCCACUGUUUCGAAUAGUGGGACUUUCACUGGUUGGUUCAGUGGGAAAAUUUUUCACUGAAACAAACGGUGACUAGUCGCUGAUUAUCAGUGGUAUACAUAUAGUUAUUUGAAUCAGCGCGAGUAUUCGCUGAUUCAAAUUCAGGGAAUGACUGUGCAGAAUAGGGAUAAGCUUAACCGAGUGCGAAUAAGAAUAACGUAAUAAUAGCCCGGAAUUUCGACGUCGAUACACGGUCGUGUAUGAUUUAAUAUCAUUUAUGAAUCGCAAUCAAUCUCCUGAGGUGACCGAGCGUAAUUCGCAAAGUACCUAUGUAUCGAGGCAUUAUAUUCCAAUGAUAUAUGCGUUAUUCACAUCGGUGUAGUUUUCUCAAGGGUCAUUGACUCCUUACAUUCCUAACGAUCAUAGGAGUCUGCAGUUAUAAUAACAUGAUACCGGGUAUGGCGAGAGAUCUUUAAAUAUAUAUAACUAUAAUUAUACGUGUAAUGUAUGUACUUAUUAUAUUAUAAUCAACCUCAACGAACCAACGAAAUUAUAAUCUUCCAUAUACGCACCGCCGAUUUUUUCUAAAUUAUUGUCGUCAUUUUUUGUAGAUAGGAUAUGAUAUUUAAAUACAAGAAUGAAAUUUUAUCAGAAAGAAAAAGAAAGCAAAAAAAAAAAAACAUAAGACUUACAGUUAGUCACUUACAUCAAUAUACUAUACACAAUAUACCUAUAUUAAUUAAUAUUCGUAUCGAUGUAAGAAAUUAAGAAUAAUAGAUUGAAGAUAAUUUGACAGAGAUUUUUAUGUGAGUAUAUAAAUGUCAGUAGAUAAUAAAAGUGAGAUAAUUAUAUUUGUAAAGUUCGGAUACUGUAUAUUGUGUAGCUGAUCCAAACAUUCGCGAAUUAAAUUGAAUCGAAUAAUAUCGUUUUCACUUGUACAUGUAUGCGUUCGUACGUGGCCAUACUAUACGUGUUGGAAAAAAGCUUUUCCCUCGUAUCGCGGAGACGGGUUGUCACGAGUAAGGGAAAGAGAGAAAGAGGUCUUUCACUAUCCAUGGUGUCGGUUACGAUGGUCGUGGCGGUGGUGGUGCUGGUGAUUCUACUGCUACUGCUGUUAGGUUGUUAGGUGCACUGUCGCGUAAACAAAAGUUAACGAAGUGUAAAUAAUCGAACCACGCCCCACCGCUUUUUCGAAAAUAAAGUCUCGCUGGUGUAGAUACUUGUAACUGGUAUGUUAUUAUAUUAUACCAUACACUUCGGUUACCGCGAUACCGUUCAACUACGAUCUUAUAGAUUUUGAUCAUUAAAUUUGAUGAAAUGUCGCGAGAAAAUUCGAUUGAGUUUAAAAAAAUAAGAAAAACAAUUUAAUAUCAGUCUCUCUAACUUCAUUAUGUUUCCGAAUUUUCAUGUUCCUCUUGCAGAGUCGCAACGAUUUUCCAUAUCCAUAGGACGGGAAGCAAUACAUACACACCGAUAAUUCAUUGUCCGGCACAUUUUGUCCCAAAUUUCAGACCGAGUCAUUCUUGCGUAUAUAAGAAAACCAGCGGAGUUGAAGCGAAAAAAUUGUUUGCCACGUUGUGUCAAAGCUCAAAGCUUGAUAUCUGUGUUCUGCUUGUUUGGUUCUAAGGAAUCUGCGGGUACAAUUAAUAGGUGAAUUCCGGACCCGUCUUCAGAAAAUUCAUUCGAACCUCUUGUUUGUAAUUUCGUUAGCGUGAUUUGUACAUAUUGAAAGAUUGAGAAUGAAAAAGUAUAAAAUAAUAAAACAAAAGUAUAAGUGCGACGCGAACGUUGUCAUUUAUACAGUUCAAGAUUUUAAACUCAUCUUUGGGUUGUGCAGAUAAAGUUUUAGAAUUACAUUAUGGGUAUGUAAAAGCAAACUCGCUCAUUGCCAAACUUCGAUUCUCGCAAUAACUUUUGAGUAAGCUCUGUUCUGAAAAAAUCGAAAGACAUGUACCUAUAGUGAAAUUUUAAACAAUACAUAUUCAUAUACAUAUACAAUAUGAAUACAAUUGAUUACAUAGUGAUGUUUAGAGACAAAGGUGUUUUAUAAUUCACGUUUUGGUUUUUACACGAGUGUGUAAUAAUUGGUUCAGGACGUAGAAUUGAUAACAUAAUGUAGGCCAUCAUCUUCCAGGAGAUUCGGAAUUUCGUGCAAUUCUUACCAUUUCAUUCGAUUCGAAUGAUCGAUAUAGUAUAAAUUUAACAUCUGCAGUUUUUUUUUUUUUACGUUCAAAAGCGAAAUAGCAAUUGUUAUAUCACAUUUUCAUUGUUUCUUUGUUAUUUGAUAUACGUUUGUUGAUUUGCUAUUGUUCAACGGUAAGCAGAAUGUCGAUAAAGCAUACUGACUAGAGGGUACGUCGAGGGGACACAAAACCAAUCGGCCACAAAUAAUAACUAGAUAUUGAUUGCAUCAUAGAAGUGUAGUGUUUUUGUCCAUAUGUAUAGAAUAACUAACCGAUGUUUCGAAUCAGUUGAUUUUUGUGUAUUCGUGGAUCAUACAUAGAACGUUGCCUGCAGCUCAUGUUGCAAUGAAUACUGCAAGUAGAUGAUGGCAAGUAUCUUGCGAUAUUUCCAAUCCGCGUUAUGAAAUUCGGGGUAUUAGAUACUUUAUAUGGUAUGCACACCGUUGAUUUUAUUGGUUGUCUGUUCAAAGCAAGUUGCAUUUGAAUUGUGAUAUUUCAUUGUCGAAUGUUCUAUGUCUAUAAUGAAGGCAUAAAUAUGUUACACGAUAAUUGCGUAAUGUUUGGUACGAUCUUCGUAUAUGUGUAUGAUAUACACCGACCAUGUGUGAAAAGAUUGAUACGUUAUCAACUAUUAGAGAAUUAUUUUUGAAAAACAAAUUAUAAAUUAAUAUCGUUUCCACAUAUUUUAGCGGAAUUUCAUUAGAACUUAUUGCCUCAUUCAAACGGCAACGUGAAACAAUGUGCUGCAUAUACUAAUAUCACAAUCAGAGAUUUACAAAAUCAUUCAUAUUUAUACGUCAUUCUACGUUCUCGCUGUAGCUGCAUUUAUAUAACGAGCAAAAAAGAAUUCAAAUUCAAGUUGGAGAAUUGAUUUUGAAUAAACUUGACUCUUUUCUAUGAAUCUUAGAUGUUGUUCUGGUUACUCAAUCUACAUGGCAUAAAUAAACAGGUCAUUAAAACCUCGUAAUUGUUAACCAGAUAUUGAAAGCAGUCAUUUACAAAAGCGACGAAUGGAAAUCAUGUAGUAAUUGUUCUGAGAAAACUCAUCUCUUUCUCUUUCUUCCUUAUAAUACUCACUUUUCACACUAUACUUCUGUCUUGUCCUCUGCUUUUUUACAUAAAUAUUAUAGGUACAAAUUCAUACAUGUACGACGUAAUACGUCGGUUUCUGAAAAACUCUGUUCAUAAUUUGGUAAGUUAAUAACGAGAUUAAUAAUUAGACAAAUAGUGAGCAGAUACAAGGUACAUAUAUUAAUCAGAGUUAAUUAAACAUGUGAAAAAAAUUCAAAUAAAGUAUAUUAGCUAAGGGGACAUUAGCUGAAACCUUAUUAAUGCUGGGGGACCAUUGUAGCACGAGUUUAGAAUCUUAGUACUCGUAGUACUUAGGGCUGACGAUCAGAUGCUAAUCGUACAUUAAAAGUUCAAGUCAUAUCGAAAAAUCAACUUACCUUAAUAAUAUUUUAAUAUUAAAUGAUAUUAAAUUAAAGUAAAUCAAGUAAAACUUGAAAGGGCUGCCCUUUGUUUAUGGCCAAGUAAUUUUCUAAUCACUGUUGUCAGUGUUGUCAUCUGGUGACAGCCCUCUCAAAUGAUACUGAAAUGCUACGGGUACAUAGUGUAAUUAUAAGAUGAGUAAUGAAAACUAGAAAGCGAAAAAACUAAUGAAGAAAUUAUUAUACUCUCAUUCAUACUGUAGAUGUCUACAAGUUAUAUAUAUAUUCUUGUAAAAUGCACAAAAAUAUUUUAUACUUCAUAUAUUUGAAUGCACAUCAAUUUAUAUGCUCUAUCAUUAGUGUUAUACAUAGCUAUUGUCAAACAUUACACGUGAUAUUCGUGUAUAAUAUACUGAAUUAUAUGGGUUGAAUGACUACGAAAUACUUCAAGUAUCGGACAUAAUUGAUGAAGAAAAGAUUCAACAUAGAAGAAAAAUCAUCUGACAACUAAUGUUUCAUACAUUUAUAGUCAUCUCGAUUUGUAAUUCUUCAAUAAAGCGGUUUGAAAUUCGGAAAAAAGAAAGUCAUGUUUCUGAAACUAGACAAUCAAACAUUACUAUAUUCUACUUAUAGUGCUGUAACUUGCACUAUGCUUGUACUGUAUGUAAACUUCAUUCAACCAUAAAAUAUGAUGUUCUCCACUGAGUAAUUAAUAAUCAUACGAGAAUAAAAAAAGCAGUUUGCAUUAUGGA